AUGGGAGAGAAGUUGGAAUGGUUCGUCCGCAUGGCGCAGGAGAAAUUCUUCAUACGACACACCGCUCGUCUAGCCGAGGUGCAGCCUGUCAGCGUCCGCCAAUGGAUGACGGUGGCGGCGCGCAUAUCCGAGCAGGCGCCCCCUCAGUAUAAGAAACACCCCAGCUUCCGCGGCUGUGGGUUAGCCGUCCCCAUCCACCUCAUCAGGCAGUGGAGUCAGUCGUACAUGAAGACUCACCGCCCGGAGGUGAGGUGGAUGGCGUCCCCGCUGUGGACGUUCUGCUUCCGCGCACGCUACGGCCCGACCAUCCGUGUGAAGACCAAGAUGGGUCAGCUUCUUGAGAAAGAAUGCAAGCCAAAGUGCGAGCCGUUUCGGGCCUUCGUGGGGAAGAACCUCGUCAAAUGGGGCAUUGGCCCAUGGAACAUUGCCAACGCCGAUGCACGUAGCGCGGGCAACGAGAAGGUGAGGGUGACAGUGAUGCUCGGCAUCACUGCGGACGGCCGCAAGCUCCCUACGAUGGUCAUUUUCAAGAGGAAGACCAUUCCGAAGAUCUGGGUCCCGGCAGGAGUGAUUAUCAGGGCACAGGAGUGUGGAUGGAUGGAUUUCAAGCUCGUCGAAGAGUGGGUGAACCAAAUCUUCCUCCCUUCCAUCAAGCCUCCCGCUGGCAUCCAUCGGUCAAAGACACUACUAGUCUUGGACUCGUACCGAGGGCAUCUCAUGGAUAACCCGCUGGAUUUGAACGUGAACCGCUCGUUCAAGGCGGUGCUUCGUCAACUGUACAGCGAUUGGUUCGCCCAAGCCGGUGUCAAAACCUUCACGGCAGCAGGCGAGGUUGAGGUGGCAGAUGACGUUCACACCGCUCCUGAGGUGGAAGAGUGGGUGAACCCCCUCAUCGCCACAGCUGUUGAGGACGAUGAGACGGCUAAGGCGAUGGAUCAUGACGAUUGUGGGGACAUGCCGCCUGAUGAUGAUGAUGAGGAGGAGGAGGAGGAGGAGGAGGAGGAGGAGGAGGAGGAGGAGGAGGAGGAGGAGGAGGAGGAGGAGGAGGAGGAGGAGGAGGAGGAGGAGGAGGAAGGGGGUGUGGAGGAGAACGAGGAGUGA